UCAUGGUGAUACAAUCAUACAACAAGAUGAUGAUUGCAAACUAUAUCCUACGUCUUCUUCUUCCAGUUGUUCUGUGCGCACUUGUACAAGGACAAGAAGUUGGACAAGGACAGCAGCUGAUAAAAGGACAAACAAGUCUCGAUGAAAGACGAAUAAUUCUUGAUGGAGAAGAGCUAGAGAACCUGGCGUCCUUGCAGCUCAGAAGACAAGGAAAAGGCAAACGCCGAAAAGUCUCAAGAAGAUUUCAUUUUGGUCCGGCACAGCAGUCUGUUCGUGAGGGCCGACAGGUGAAUUCUGUAGAACAAGAUGGCGAACAAGAUGGCGGACAAGAUGGUGGACAAGAUGGCGGACAAGAUGGUGGACAAGAUGGCGUCAUUCUUCCACAGAUAGUUGUUUCCCCACUUCCACCAACUUUAGAAACUGAGCCAACUGAAGAUGUCCCGCCCAGCCAAGAAGAUGUUGAGCUAGUUCUUGAUACUCCACCCUCUACUCAGGCGGAGGCGGUCACACCCUCUCCCAGUAUAAAAGUGGCGAACCGCCCCCCAAAAGUUCUGAAUUUGUCUGGUGACACACCCCCUUGGUGUAAUCCUAAACAUCCAAUGGGAGUCUGGUUACUAUUCAAGGGUGUUAGGAUUGACUGUAGAAGACGUGGAGUCCCAGACUUUGGUGCCUACGGAGGUCUAGGAGCUGAGGAUAGAGCUGAGGCAGGUGUAGAGGAUGCACAGUCUCUAAAAAGUUCUCGGCUACAGGCAGCGGCUUAUAGCUCUCAGCUGGAGCAGGAUUUCUCGCCCAAUUCUGAAAUAUUUGCGGAAUUUAUAGAAUUUAAAAAUGCCGAAGAAGAAGGUUCUACUGAUUUAGAAGCUUAAAUUGCUAUAUUUAAAUAAAUAAUGAAGUAUCCUUUUAAAAUAUUUAUUAAUAAAUAUAAAAUUUCUAUAUACCCCUUUUUCAAAACUGGCCUCCCCCCAUGCUUCUUAAUUGUAACAUUUGAAACGUUGAAGCUUUAUACAAAUAAGAGAAUGAAUACAUGUAAAAACAAAUGGUCUGAGGGGAGUAAGAUACCUCUGUUAGACCAGUAGAAUCAUCCUUUGGUCCUACCUUUGAAAAUGAAUUUCAUUUUGUGGACAAUGGACAUUCAUAGUAAUGCUCUUGUUAAAAAAACGGUCUACUUUAUUGGGAGGAUAUUCUCCUACCUGCUGCUCCACAAGAACUGUUUGGAGAUGCCUCAAAAUUUAGAAACAAUAAACAGGAAAAAUUAGAAGGGAAAACUUUCUGAUGUUAAGCUUUACACUUUCAAUUUUUUCGUUGGUGCAUGAAGACAACAUUAGAAAAGGGGCUAGCAGACAUUCUUCCCUUUAUUUUUUUUACCUUAAGUAAAAUGUUCAAGAAAAUGAGUUGCUGAGUCAUAUAACUCAUGUGCAAACAAUAUAGAGUUUAGAAGAAAGGAAAACAAAUCAGCUCAGCUCAAAUUUAGUUGCUGAAUCAUCCAAUUAUCUAGUGCAAAACAAGAAAGGCACCUUAACAUAAAUAGUUCUAAAACUGGCAGUGUUUAGCAUACUGCGAGGAUAUCUUUAAAAUUCUUUUUUUUUAACUAUUGUAGAUAUGAUUGUAAGAUGUAUCACAAGAAGAAAAGGAAGAACAAGGAAUAUUGAAAUGUCAAAA